AUGUCCACUUCUGUCUUCGUCACCGGCGCCACUGGCUACAUCGCGCAGCACAUCAUCAAGCUUCUUCUCUCCAAAGGCUAUGCCGUCGUUGGAUCGGUGAGAUCCAGCGAAAAGGGAGAGCAUCUCAGGGAGGUAUUUUCGUCCGACAAGUUCUCGUACGAGGUCGUGCCUCUGUUGACACCCGUCGGUGCUUUUGACGAGGCCUUGGAAAAACACCCGGAGGUCACUGUGUUCUUGCACACGGCCUCGCCUGUCACUUUCGAGGUGGAGGACAUCGAGAAGGAUUUGCUCAACCCUGCCGUCGAGGGCACGCUCAAUGUGUUGAAGGCCAUCAAGGCACACGGGUCCCAAAUCAAAAAGGUUGUCAUCACCUCGUCCGUGGCGGCGCAGGUGCACCCCGGCCAGAUGGCCGACCCCAAGACCCAGAUCAGCGAGGACACCUGGAACUCCAUUUCCUGGGAGGAGUCCAAGGCAAACCCGCUUUUCGGCUAUUUCGGCUCCAAGAAGUUUGCCGAGAAGGCCGCCUGGGACUUCUACAAUGAGGAGAAGCCACAGUAUGCACUCAACACCAUCAACCCCGCGUUUGUCUUUGGCCCCCAGGCCUACGACUCCGAGGUGUCGCCGCAACUCAACUUCUCGUCCGAGGUGGUUGCCGGCUUGUUGAAGUUGACGCCCGAGUCCGAGGUUCCUCCCAUGGCCGGCUGGUUCAUCGAUGUGCGUGACGUGGCCAAGGCCCACUUGGCUGCGUUUGAGAACGACUGGAAGAACCAGCGUCUCUUGUUGCACAGCGGCGACUUCAGCUCGCAAAGCAUCCUCGACAUCAUCAACGCGAACUUCGCGUCCUUGAAGGACAAGUUGCCAGUAGGCAACCCUGGCCUGCCUGUGGAGGUUUCCAAGGUCGACAACAAGAAGACCAGAGAGGCCUUGGGCUUCUCUUUUGUGGACUUGCCCACUUCGGUGAACGACACCAUCUCGCAGGUUUUGGCUGCCAGGGAGAGAGCCAACUUGGCCUAG